AUUAUCUCAGGCCAGUUCCUGUCUGAUAAGAAAAUAGGGAUUUACGUUGAGGUUGAUAUGUUUGGUCUCCCAGUCGAUACCAAACGGAAAUUCAAAACCAAGACUCUGGUGAAUUCCCUCAACGUCAUCUGGGACGAGGAACCCUUCGUGUUCAGAAAGGUGGUCCUGCCCACUCUGGCCCUGCUGCGAGUUGCUGUGUUCGAGGAAGGAGGGAAGUUUCUAGGCCAUCGCGUCCUCCCAGUCUCGGCCAUUCGGCCCGGUUAUCACUACAUCUGCCUGAGGAAUGAGUUGAACCAGCCCCUCGGGUUGCCCUCGCUGUUCGUUCACACCGAGGUCAAGGAUUAUGUCCCGGACACACACGCAGAGUACAUCGAUUUAUUGAUCAAUCCCAUCAAACAUAUCAGUGUGAUGGAGCAGCGCUCAAACUUACUGGUGAACCUGAUGGAUGUGACGGAGCAGCAGAUUCCAGCGACAACUGAUUAUAAACUCAGUCAAAGACGCCGGACUUUAGGGAGCAUUUUCGAGGAAGCGUUAUGAGAAUAUGUGUGAUCUUUCCUAAUUUAGAGCAACAUUGACCAGAUUAACACAUACACACAUUUGUAAAUAGAGAGCGAGCUUUUAUCAAGGAUAGUUUGCAAAGAAAAAAACACUGGAUUCAGCUAGACUAAUGUCAGGGCUGCGAGGAACGAGAUAGAAACAUCAACGAGAUGCUGAGAGACAGAGGCGACAUGGAGAGAGAGGUGUGUGGGACACCCGGUGUGAGGGCACGUGGAGGAUAUUCAUCCGAACAGUCCCAGAGGAUUCUGCGACCAUUGGGUCUGAGGGCCCACAGCUCUCUGGUUCCCCCCCGAGAGUCAGCUUUACCACGGGGGGCGGGGGGGGGGAGGGGAGGGAGGAUUCUUGCAGAGGAGUUCAAAAUCUACUUCAUCGUCUCCAGGAAAGUUGCCCCAGAAAUUCCAGGAGGUUACCGGAAUGCCAACACGUUCUGGAUGUACAUUAACAUCACCGUUUCGGACAAUACUGGUUACUCCUGUGUACAAACUGGAAUAUCACUCGGUCAGCAUCCUUCCCCGUUCACGUUCUGCGGAGCUCUCCAUUUUCCACAGAUGUCUGUGACUGAGUCGAAGUAUUAACAUUCCAGGAGAUAUAUUUGUAAAGUCAAAACCUUCGGUUAAUUAGCUUUGCAUCUAUGAGAAGGAUCUGUUCACAAAAGAACUAAUUACUCUUCAUAACUGUUUAAUCUUCAGCUGACACACACACACACAUACACACAGACUCUCACUGGGGUAUGGGCUCACACACACACACACACACACACACACACACACAGACUCUCACUGGGGUAUGGGCUCACACACACACACACUGACUCUCACUGGGGUACUUGCUCUCUCACACACACACACAGACUCUCACUGGGGUAUUUGCUCUCACACACACACACACACACACACACAGACUCUCACUGGGGUAUUUGCUCUCACACACACACACAGACUCUCACUGGGGUAUUUGCUCUCUCACACACACACACACACACUGACUCUCACUGGGGUAUGGGCUCACACACACACACACACACUGACUCUCACUGGGGUAUGGGCUCACACACACACACACACACACACACACACACACACACUGACUCUCACUGGGGUAUGGGCUCACACACACACACAGACUCUCACUGGGGUAUGGGCUCACACACACACACACACAGACUCUCACUGGGGUAUGGGCUCACACACACACACACACACACACACACACACAGACUCUCACUGGGGUAUGGGCUCACACACACACACACACACACACACUGACUCUCACUGGGGUAUGGGCUCACACACACAGACUCUCACUGGGGUAUGGGCUCUCACACACACACACACACACACACACACAUAGACUCUCACUGGGGUAUGGGCUCACACACACACACACACAGAGACAGACUCUCACUGGGGUACGGGCUCACACACACACACACUGACUCUCACUGGGGUACUUGCUCUAGACUCGAUGCUGGUGUUGGGUUAACUUCUUUAAAAGGAGAAAGUGAGCAGUUCUAUACGCUCAUGUAACCACGCGUAUUCCAGCGAGGAACGUGUCUGAAGGGAUUGUAUAGUUAAACCAAUUCAAAAUAAAACUACAAUAACAAAU